AAUCUUAAAUUAAGAGACCUAUUUUGUUUUCUCUUUUCUCAUAAUAAUAGUUUUAAAUUCAGCCAGUAUUAAAUUUUGAUAAAAUAUUAUGUAAAGAAAGUAUUUGAAUUUUCAAGAGUAUUUUCCCCAAUGAAUUACAUAAAAUUUCAAUAAGGUAAACAUUACAGCUUUUUAACAAACAUAACGCAAUUUCUAACAAAUAAGAGAAGAAACUUCUAGUCGGUACUUAAAUGAGUACUUAAGCGAGUGCAAAUAAAAAAAUGAUAAUAGGCAAAAAUCGUCAUUAGUUUCAAUCUAAAGAACUUUUAGUAUUCAAUCUUUUACGCGUGUACUCGUGCACAACAUUGUCCCCGUUCACGCUCGAUUGAAAAAGCGACACGGAUGUGCAUACAGUGGUCGCACACUUCGCCACCACUCAAACAGAAGCAGCGGCGACACACGAGCCAGUCGGGCACCCUUCUGAGCGCGUGCAACGCGGUGCGCAGCAGCUGAAGAAGAAGAAGACGAUGACGAAGAGACGGCGGAGGGCGAGGGAGGCUGCGCUCCUAUAUGUAGUCCCGAAUCUUAGCCGGAGCAACUAUUACGCCCGAAAUUCUCGAGGCGGACGCACCCCCGUGUUUAGCAACAGGUACAAGAUACGCGAGAGAUUACUUAAAACCGCGCGCCAUCAUCUUCAAUCCGGGGGUUCAACGUUCUUUCGCGGUAUUCUUCAACUUAAAGUAACAUUUGCAAUUAGUGACCGUGUGUGACAGUGAAGUUAGAUCAGACAGAUCUAAGGUAUGGUUUGUGUGAUUCCAAGAGUCAAAUAGAGAGAAGAAGGCAAAUCACAAUAAAGAAGAAAAUGCCGAGGGCAUUUCUAAUCACCCACCGACGAUACAAUGGAGUCGAAGAAGAGUUUGAUGGAUCCGGAAGAGAUUUCAGUCCUGAAAGAGGAGUAAGACUGGCCGAUUACAGUGGAAACCAUCCAACUUCUGACGGCGCUAGCGAAUGCGGUAGCGAAACAUCGUCAGACUGUCCCGAAGAAUUGUACAAUCUUACAAAAUUGGCAGAAGUGAGCUUAGCCGCAGCCGCUGGUACGUUAAUUCAUCCCAACAACGUGAUUUAUCAGCAACCAGCUUCGCCUAGAUGUGCUCAAUUUUCGGACAAAUGCGGCAGAAUAAUGACCCCACGAGCAAAACAGCAAGAAUCGCAAUUUCAAGAUCACCCAGAGACCCUCGAAGAUGAACAGACACUUGGUGAAAGAACGAGACUCUUCUUCGAGAGGAUCGAGUGCGAACGUGAGAUUUUACAGAAUCGUUCAAAGAGGAACACAGUUUUAGGCAUCCAUGUUUCACCUCAUUCUCAUCAGUUGCAAGAGGAACGUCAAAGUCUCGAAGCCUCUGAGAAUUCGCUCGAUAAAGCUGAGUUGGAAUCAAUUCAAUCCACACCCUCGACUAUCUGUCAAAACCGAAGAACAACCUCAACUUCAACGGAGGCGUCGAAAUCCGAAGACAAUGAGGAUCAUGAAUGUCCUGACUGUGGAAAAAAGUACUCGACAUCGUCUAAUUUGGCCAGACAUCGACAAACACAUAGAUCUCUUGGAGACAAGAAAGCCAGAAGGUGUCCACACUGCGAUAAAGUCUAUGUCAGUAUGCCUGCGUUCAGUAUGCACGUUAGAACGCAUAACCAGGGGUGCAAGUGCCAUUAUUGCGGCAAGUGUUUCUCGAGGCCAUGGCUCCUGCAGGGACACAUACGUACUCAUACAGGCGAGAAACCAUUCAAAUGUACGAUCUGCAAUAAAGCGUUUGCUGACAAGUCAAACUUACGCGCCCACAUACAAACGCACUCGAACACCAAACCAUAUGUAUGCGGACGCUGCGGUAAAGCAUUUGCUCUGAAGUCGUAUCUCUACAAACAUGAAGAGUCAUCAUGUAUGAGAGCGCAUCAUCGAUCAUCUGCGGAUAAAGCCGAUGGGAACGAUCAAAAAGCAACAUCGUCGUCAACAAAAUCCUGUGCUCCGCUGGCAUCUUCUUUGAACAGACUACAAACAACGUCGUGCGUCACGGCAUCCCCUACCAGCGUUAUCGUUCCUCGCCUGGGUCUCAAUCGCGAUCAAAAUAAUUCAUCUUCAGCGUUUUCCGCGAUCAUUAGGCACACCAGAGUUCCCGAUGCAUCAGUGACGCCUCCGCCAUCAAAACGUUUCUACAGAGAGAAAACUCCAGGCGAAGAACGAGAGAGGAAAGCACCUGAUAACGCAACCAAAAAUCCAGAGUGUGUGUCCAGAAUGGUUAUUAGAACUUCCGUUAUAUCCCCUAAUCCGGAACAUCUUAAUCGCUUCAACAAUGACAGUCAAACCUCUUCUAACAGUUACGAUUUUUCCGACCCUGCGAGGUCUUCCGCAUUUUCCCAGCCGACAACGAUGACACUUAAUUUAGCUAUUGCAUAGAAUAACCGCAUGUCGAAGAAAAGAAGAAUAUUCGUCCAAAAUGCUAGAGCAAAACUACGGCAAGUAUUUUUAGCGAAUAACGAUAGCAAUAUUAUCGUACAUAGAUACACCAAAGAUUAUUUUAUACUCACGAAACGUUCAGUCUGGGUUUGAAUGUGUAUCAUAAGCACGAAAGAACUACAAUCUACAUAAAAAAAUAUGAAUGAUUAAAUAAUCGCUUCAUAGAGAUACAAAGACGUAAUUACUUAUUAGCAACUAGUGUCAUUCCUAUCAAUAUUAAGAUAAGUUCGUUAAGUUUUAAUGGGAAACGUUUGAAAUUCUAUUAUCUUACUUACUGACAUCUUUCUAUGAGCAAUGAGCACCCAUUUCUAUAUAGUUAAGUAUAUGGAGUCAAUUUUGAGAUAAGUUCAACGAGGAUAAGAAAUAUUAUAGAGAUUACUUAUAUCAUAAAUAUUAUUCCACGCACCUUCCUAAUUAGGGACCAUCUAGCACAUAGUCAUAUUAACGAUAAAAUUGUGAAUUAUCAAUUCCUAGUGUUGUGCCUUAAAUACUAUUCGUACGUAGUUACAAUUUUUUAAAGACAUAUCACGCGUAUUAAGAAACAAAAGUAAUUUAUUGAUUUAAAGUGAAUUGCAGUGCCUAUAUGCAUACCUAUCUUAGUAUUAGUUGCAUUGAUCAAAUUUUCCAAGCUCUUCUAGGCAGCUAAAAAUUCCUCGAGGCUUGAAACUAACAAUACACUAAAGUGUAGAUUACCAACGAAUACCAAUCGAAUUAUAUGUAGACAUUCAUAUAAUUGUGAAAUAGUAUAAAAAUAAGUAAAAAGAAUAGAACUAUUUUUAGUUCGAGCAAUCUGUAUAUAAGAAAUUACAUUUUUCGAGAACUUGUAACUUUACAACGCCUUGUUUAAAAUGUAUGUUAGACAUUUAUAUUGAACUACAUAUUUUUAUUGCGGUGGUCAAAUUCAAAUUUGGCAAAAUUAAUUAUUGAAGUGUAUAAAGUAAAGCGGAAAAAUGUUGAAUAGCAAUUAGGAUUUCCAUUAAAACAACAGAUAAUGUGGAUAAAUGUAAUUUUGGAUCACAUUUUUCUACGAGUAUAUAUCUAAGAAAACACAUAGUUUUAUAUUGUAGUACGUUAAUCGCGUUUUUAAAUACGAACGCGUAUCGUCUGUGAUUCGAGUUUUCAUAAACGGAACCGGCGGCCAUAUGCAAUCUAGUAGCCCUCUAGUGGUCGUAUUAUGUAAUUAAGAUUUUUUUUUUUUGUUUUCGAUACGUUACCGAUGAUCGGUAACGAUCUGAGUGUAAACUAGUCCAAUCCGAUCUGCUAUUCUAUGCGCAACCCAUCGAAUUUUUGUUAAUUUAUACUGCAUAUGUACAUUAUGUAUGAAAUGGUUCACCCAUAUCUUUCAUAAACUUUCUAAUCUUUUUUCGUAAUUACUUACAUGAUGAUUUAAGAAAAAUGAAAUUACUUUUCUUGGCUAAAACAAAAACUUACAAAACAACGGUUGCACAGAAAAUCGAAUGGCAGCGGUUUUAUAAUAAAGAUUUCACGUAGUUUAUCUAUUUUUUCACAGUAAUGUCAUACAUUAGAACACGUGUUUGUAGUAACCUAAAAUCAAAAGCGAGCACAAGUACUUGUAUCCUAGUCAUCGAUCUAUUACGAAGAUUAAACAUAGAACAUUAAAUUACAUCCCAAAAUGUAAUGUUAUAUUGUAUAGUUAUGUAAAAUAACAUGUUGUAAAUAGCAUUCCCUACAUUAUACAUUAGUAUAUAUCUAGAAUGUCACAAAUAGUCCUAAUAAUUAACACAGUUGUAAUGUAUUUUCGUUUUACGUAUGUAAUGUACCAUUUGUACAUUGGAGUGCCUAAGCAAACAUUUUACCAAUUUUUCUACGAAUUGUGCAAGUCAUAUCUAUUAAAAUGAAAAAAAUAUACUUAUAGCUAUAUAUACUUGA